AUGGCCUCUGUUUCGUUUAAGAGCGUCGCGGCUCUGGCCCUCGCCCUCUCGCAACCGGCUCUCGCCGCCGUGUUCCCGACAAACAUCUUCAAUCGUUCCGAGAUCGAGGCCAUGUCUCUGGAGAAGCGCGGCUCCAUGUACCCCUAUCAGCUCUGGGACGCCGCAGAGGUCCCGUACAUCCUGCAAGGCCUCCCUCACGACCUUUCAGAGUCGAUCCGGUCCGCUAUGAGAGAGUGGGAGCAGUCGACUUGCAUCCGUUUCCUCCCCAAGACGAGCCAAGGUGCCUGGGCCAACUUCAAAAAGCUUGGACAUCUCAUCGGACUCACCCACGAGCACCAACGUCCCGACCGUGACCAAUACAUUCGCGUCCUUACAGACCGUGUCCAAAAGGACGAACUCGACCAGUUCACAAUCCACACGGGCGCCGACGUUUCCGUCCCCUUCGACUACAACUCCGUCAUGCUCUACGACACCAAGGCCUUUGCCAAGACCAACAAACUGACGCCCAUCUCCGGCUCGGCAAGCUUGAAGCACACAAUGGAAACCAUCACGGACAAGAAGAUCGACCCUUGGGCCUCCCCGACCGCCAACGACUUCAAGGCCGUAAAUAACGCCUACGCCUGUGAGGAGUACUACACCCGCGUGAUCCCACAGUGCCUCGCCGGCAGCAUCCCGUCCAACGGCGACUUCUCCUCCUACUCCUUCAUCCUCGACAAACACACCGAGGCCUACAUGGCCGCCAACGGCUACACCCACGUCGCGGCGCACCAGAACUGCCGUGCCAACAUGGUCGGCCAGGAUACCGACAACUGGGGCUUCACGCCGCUCAACGGCUGGGGACCCCGCGCGCAGUACAAGAUCACGACGAACCGCUGCAAGAAGGACCACGACCGCCACGCCAGCCGGUACGAGGUCGCUCUGUGUAAGGGAGACAAUGAGGGUGCCUGUGAUAUCAAGUGCGGUCUUCGCCGCGUCUGCCCCUUUGAUGCGAGUGGCAAGCAGGUCGAUAGCAAGGCUAUUGAUGUGGUUGACAACAACCUCUGGAUCUGCCACCCUCACUAA